AUGGCAUCAUCUUCGUCUUUCAAGGUAUUAGCCGCGGUGACGGCAUUGGUCAAUUGUGUUUCCGCGCAGACGAAGUAUGGAGAGAACCACGUAACAGUCAACCUCGAUUCCGACCUCGUUGAGCAAAAGGCAUUUCCAGCGCCGAAUGUGACGCUCCUGUCGCCGGCUUUCUUGCCAAAUGCUUCGUUCGAUCCUGGGUGGUCUGAAGGGUCGGAGGGUGCGACUAGUCAAUCCACGUUAGAUUCGUUCCUUCAGUCCAUUGCUUCAAGGAACCCGUCGUGGGCGAAAUAUCAAAAAGCGCCCUUUGUGUCUGAAGAAGGGAACUCGUUUCCAUACAUCUUCCUCUCCACCACAUCUACAAACGCCACUGCACCAUCAAGCAGCAAAUUGAAAGUCUGGCUACAAGGCAGUGUACAUGGAAAUGAGCCUGCAGGCGAUGAAGCCCUCCUCGCACUCCUCGGCGCCCUCGACGCCGACGAACAAUGGGCAUCGACGUUCCUCGGGAAACUCGAUAUCAUCGUACUCCCACGCUACAACCCCGACGGAAAUGCAUACUUCCAGCGAACCCUGGCAACUAACUUCGACCCGAACCGCGACCAUGUGAAACUGGCACGCGAGCAGACCCGCGACAUUAAGAAGUUCUUCAAUGGGUUUGCGCCGCACGUCGUGGUUGACAUGCACGAGUAUGGUGCUGCGACAAGGUAUUCGAGCAACUACAGCAAUGCCGCGGACGGCAUGUUCAGCGCUGCAAAGAACCUCAACAUCCACCCCUCAAUCCGCGCUCUUGCCGAAGAAGUCUUCGCCCCCGCCAUCAACGCCUCCCUCUCAUCCCGCGGCCUACGCGGCGAACCCUACGUAACAGCCUCCCAGCGCGCCCUCCCCGUCCGCCUCGACGAAGCCGGCACCGACGCAAAGAUCGGCCGCAACGCCAUGGGCCUCACGCAAACCGUAACCUUCCUCUUCGAGACGCGCGGCAUCGGCAUCGCCAACCAAAGCUUCGCACGGCGCACGCUCGCCGGCCUCCAAAUGCUCCUCGGCGUCCUCGAAACCGCCCGCGAUCGCGCCUCCGACAUCUCCACCACCAUCAACGACGCCAUCGAGGAAUUCGUCGCGUCCGACGAGGACAUCGUCGUCACGGACUACACGUCCUACGCGAACCGCACGUACACGAUGGUCGACCGUCGGUCCGGCGACAUCGUGCAGCUGCCUGUCGAGUUCGCGAGUACCACGCCUGCGACGGCGAACCUCACGCGUGUGCGGCCAGAGGGGUACGUCAUCCCGCGUGCGUGGGCGGACCUCGCGGCGCGUCUGCGUGUCUCGGGGCUGGAGGUCGAGACGCUUGAGGAGGGGUUUAAGGGGGAGGUUGAGGUGUAUAAUAUCACUUCGUCCUCGCUGGCUAAGUCGUACUACGAGGGGGCGGUGUUGAAUACGGUUACGACGGAGACGGUGGUGCAGGAGGUGGAGCUGCCGAAGGGGAGUUUCUGGGUCGGGACGAAGCAGAGGAAUGCGGGGUUGGCGUUUGUGGCGCUGGAGCCGGAGAAUAUUGAUUCGUAUGUUAGUUUUGGGAUUGUGCCGAUGGAGGUUGGGGAUUUGUAUCCAGUGUUUAGGAAGGUCUGA